AUGCAGGGGUCCAAAUUAGUAAGCGCCGCAUCCUCCUCACCCUACCACCCCAAACUCACGGUCAGAGUAUUACAUAAACCUCUCAAUGCUCCUGUGCUCCGACAGGUACAGUUGGAGCAUGUCGCUGCAACCGUCGCUGAGCGGCUGGACUCGUUAGAGACCGACUAUGCUAUCAUGGGUGGUGCUGCUGUAUGCCUCACGGCACCCGAUCCCCAGCGAGCCACAGAAGAUAUCGAUCUCGUGAUCCGUGUCGAUGACCGAGCCAUCGCAGCCGAUCUCCUUACAAACAAAGUCUUGGCUUCCUUUCCAUCUGAGUUUGGCCCAGUGAAACAGUUCGGUCACGUUAUUCCCGGAUACAAAGUCCGAUUUGAUGGAGGCGAGGUGCGUCUUAUCGAGCUCGAGGUAUUCGAUUACCAAAGCUGGCCAAACCGGCCGCAAUACAACCUUCAAGAAGCUACGCGAGUGACACAGGAUAUCAACGGGUACCCUGUCAAGCUUUUCAGUGCUGAAUGGAUCAUACGGGAGAAGAUCUUGUCCCAGCACCAACGACAUGAUGCCAAGCAAGCAGUUGACCUCUAA